CUGUCCAGAAACACCGCUCCUCGAUCGUCUUCGCUGCUCACCUCCCUUCCGUUUAGACAAUUCGCGAGCAAACAUGAGAGGUGCAGCCGUGGCCCUGGUGGCCCUCGAAUGUGUCGCCUUUUCACAUGCCGCUCGCCCACGUGGAGUAGGUCCGGAUUUCGCCAAAUUCUACGAAGACACGACCACAUUCAAAUGCAUCACAAACCCCUCUGUCACACUCUCCUUCGCUCAAGUCAAUGACGAUUACUGCGACUGCCCGGAUGGGUCAGACGAGCCAGGGACCGCCGCAUGUGCCCACAUAUCCUCAUCAUCUCCCCACACACUCGAGAACCCUCCGAAUGUUUCGAAUGCUUUACCUGGUUUCUAUUGCAAGAAUAAAGGACAUAGACCGAGCUAUGUUCCCUUCACCAACGUGAACGAUGGGAUCUGCGAUUAUGAGCUGUGCUGCGAUGGCAGCGAGGAGUGGGAAGGCAUUGUCAAAUGCCAGGAUAAAUGUGCAGAGAUUGGCAAGGAGUGGAGGAAGCAUGACGAGGCAAGGACGAAAAGCCUGAAUGCUGCCAACAAGAAGCGAGCGGAACUGGUUAAAGAGGCACAGCGACUACGGAAGGCUGUUGAGGAUCGCUUGCAGAGUCUAAAAGCAGAGGUCGAGGCAGCUGAGAUUAAAGCCAAGAGCAUGGAGCAAGAGUUGAAGGACGUACAACGGAGCGAAGCAGGCAAGACUGUCAAGGCUGGUCCUGGCAAGGGUGGCAAGUUGAGCCAGCUCAUCGAAAUCGCACGCACGAGAAUGGACGAAUUGAGGAAUAACCUGGUCCGGACACGAGCCGAGCUCUCGCUCAACCGCGACAGGCUGAAGAAGCUCGAGAGUCUGCUCACGACGUUCAAGGAGGAAUACAACCCUAAUUUUAACGACGAGGGUGUCAAGCGGGCCGUCCGAGCUUGGGAAGACUACGCUGCGAGCUACACUCUUGCGGCAGAGCCCAACGACGCCCAAGAGCGAGAUAUGCAGGAGCUCAUCAAGGCGGACUCUGAGAAUGGUCUCGACUGGGACCAGUACGUUGAGGAGGAAAGCGAGACUGAUAUUCUCUACUCCUUCACAAGCUACCUCCCACCCUCCAUCCGCUCCUUCGUGGACAACAAACUCCACGACCUCCGCCAAACCCUGAUCGACAACGGCAUCCUCGCAAACAACGCCGCCUCCUCCGGCACCGAAACCAAAAAAGUCACCGAAGCCCGUGAACGACUCACAGCCGCCAACAAGGCCCUCGAAGACUCCAAAAAGUCUCAAACCGAGCACACCGAUGACCUCGCCAGACAUUUCGGCCCCGACGAUGUCUUCCGCGCACUCAAAGAUGUCUGCGUCUCCAAAGACUCUGGCGAAUACACCUACGAAUUUUGCUUCAUGGGUCGCACGAGUCAGAAAUCUAAAAAGGGUGGCGGAAGCACGAAUAUGGGCUCUUACAACCGAAUCGAAACGAUCACCGUCGACGAGGACCUACCGACGAACGGCAAAGGUCUGGGCAGAGGCGAGAGGAUCGCAAUGAAGCACGAGAAUGGUCAGCAUUGCUGGAACGGACCCAAUCGCUCCACGACGGUGAUUCUGGCCUGUAGUGAAGAAAACGAGAUCUGGAAGAUCAUGGAGGAGGAGAAAUGUGUGUAUAGAAUGGAAGUGGGGACGCCCGCGGUUUGUGGCGUCGAGGUUUUGAAGACGCAACAACAGGCUGGUCAUGAUGAGUUGUAAGAAAGAAUAGAGACGUCAGUAAAUGGGGCGCAAAACAGUAGAGGACGCCUUGUGGGGUUGUAGUUAGUAUAUGCAGUACUAUGUAUCUCUGCUACCAGCCGUUCCCAGCCCUUUUGCGCUUUUUCAUUAGCCUUUGAAGCUCGAAAAUUCUU